GUUGCAUGUCAUCAACGACCUAACCAAAAACACAAAACACCAACCCUCUGUCGACUGUGUACCCGAGAUACCUGCACACCUGGCGCGCCCAGGAUGUCCGGCGGUCUGCUGGCCCUUGCCGACGCUUUAUCGUUGCGUGCUGCGGGAUCGCAUUGGCGUUUCCGGACAGAGCCCACUGCAUAUCCACGCAGUCUAUAGGUAGAGGAAGAGGGUCUGGUCCCCGUCAUGGACUCCCCUAGGCCGUGUCCGUCCGCGGCACUCUCUCCCGACCCGAGACGAGCAUCCUCACCACGGUCAGACCGCCCGUUGUCACCAUCGCGCCUGUCUUCUCACGAUCGGAUUCACGGUAUUCUCGAGACUGCUAGAGAACGUGCCGACACGAUACGUUCGCAGACGCCGACGCCAGGUUGGGGGCCCAGUAGUCCCGGCAUGAGCUUCCAGUACCUGCCGUCGCCCGUGGUGGGGGACCGCGACGGAGACGGGGAGCUAAACGAGAGGACGAGCAUCACAUCAGCACGCGACUACGCCGUCAGCUACCAGGCCAUGCGAAUGUCGCCCAACCCGAGAAACCGGCGGCCGACGCAGCCGCCAUCAGAGGACCCUAGUAAUAAUCACACUACCACCAAUAACCACCACCCGACGAGCGACAACGCGGACAGCAGCAUCGAGGAGAAGAGCUGGCUGAGGCACUACUUUGGCGGGCUGCUGUCGGUAGAGCUGGAGAACAAGGGAAGCGUAGCCAGGGACCACCUGGCCUUGGAGCGGACGUUCCUCGCCUGGCUCCGCACGUCGCUCUCCUUCGCGUCGAUCGGAAUCGCCAUCACCCAGCUGUUCCGCCUCAACGCCGCGAUAGGCGUCGAGGACGCCAGCUUCGAGAGGACCCGUCACCUGGGAAAGCCGCUCGGCGCGACCUUCAUAGGCAUAUCCAUCCUAGUCCUGCUGCUGGGAUACCGUAGGUACUACCAAAGCCAACAGUGGGUGAUCAAGGGGAAAUUCCCCGCCUCGAGGGGCACCAUAGUGCUCGUCUCGCUCGUCGCCAUGGCUCUCGUAGUCGUCAGCCUCUUCGUGGUUCUAUUUACACAGCCUACGAAUACCUGAUCCGGCCGAGCCGUCCACGUAAACGGUGUGCGCGACGAGAGCAGAAAUACUGUGCCGUAUUUGCUGGUCGAGAUUGCGAUAUGUGACAGCUUGAUGCCGUGUACCUAGGCGUAUAGCUGCACAUAAACAAGAUGUUACUUACAUCUUUAUAUAAUUGGAAAGUCGAAUAUUCAAUAAGGCGUGUUGAAAUUUACUCAGAAAUGUUACGAUAAUUGAAU